AUGUGUGCAUGGUGGUUGUGCGGAGAUGCCGGUGCGUCGGUGUGUUCGGUUCGGUGCGCGGACGCACGGGGCCGGGCGGGCGGUGCCUGCGCGGGCGGGGGCGGACCUGUUCGGGCAACGGUGUCGCGGGCACCGCACACUAGUCUCAGUCCUUUCGCAGCGGCCAACGGUACCACAUGUGCCGCUAGCUUCUACGCACAAAAUAAACAUCAACAACGCGAGGAAACUUAA